AUGAACAGAGCACAAGAUCAGCGCACAGAUAACCUAAUGAACACCUGUUGCCUUCAGUCACUGUUCCCGACACAAAUACAGUCAUUGUGUGGAGUUCUCACCCAACAGCUGUCCGUGUUGUUUCACGAUCUCAGGAUCAGAUUAAUGUCACUAUAUAACAGCAGCACACAGAGACAGAGAGAGUCAAGCGGAGCGGGAGACAUCCGAUCGAUUCUCCGAGGUUCUCUCAGACGUGGUGUGAUGUGUAAGGGGCUGUCUGCCAUCCCCUCCUCAUGCCUGGAGAAGGCGAAGGGCAUGAGGGUCAAACUGUCCCACCUGACCGAAAAGCAGGAGUGGGUCCACAAACACAGAGCGUGUGAGAAGCUGCCUCGGGACCUGGAGUCUCUGCUCAACAGCAAGCCGGGCAUCCAGGCGUUUCGUUGCUUCCUGCGCUCCGAGUUCAGCGAGGAGAACCUGGAGUUCUGGCUGGCGUGUGAAGAGUACAAGAGCACAUCCGGGACCAGACUGACGGAGAGAGCCCACAACAUCUACAAGCAGUUCAUCAACCCUGACGCUCCUCGGGAGGUGAAUCUGGACAGUGAGACCCGCGAGGCGUUGAUGGGGCUGAUGGAGGAGCCCACAGCGGACACGUUCGACGAGGCUCAGCACCGGAUCUUCUCUCUGAUGGCUAAAGACUCGUUCCCACGUUUCCUGCGCUCCUCUUUCAGCCAGCAGCCUCUCAGAGUCCUGUGAGACACACUGUGUAUCUGUGAUCUAGACUAGAUCUGGAGUUAAUCUGUAGAGACGCAUGAGCCACAGUCAGGUAGAAUAAAGUGUAGUAGGACAUAGACUCUUUAGACAUUUGAAAACAUCUAUAAUCGUUCAUUUAUAUCUUUGAACCUAAUAAAGUUAUUUGGCUCAGAAUGGAA